AUGUCUGAUACCAACACCAACCAGGAACCCGUUCUCACUGAUGAACAGAUUCUCGAAUUCGAGCAACAAAUUAAAGAUGAGGAAGCUCAAAAAAUACCCUUAGUUUGUCAAGUAGCCUCCAUCGAUACCCUAAAAGAAGAAUUCGAGGGCAAUGAACCCUUUCUGAAGAAAAUUGGAAAUUUGAGCAAGGUCCAUGACAAAAUCAGAAAAUGUCGUGGCGAUGGUAACUGCUUCUACCGAGCUUUAUCGUUUGCUUGGUUCGAGAGUGCAAUGAAGAACAAAGCAAUAUACAAUGAACGUCUUGUUAAACUCAAGCAGACCUGCGAACUUUUGGAAUUGAGUGGAUUUGAAAAACUAGCUUUCGAGGAUUUUUAUGAUGUGACACUCCAGCAAUACGAAAGCAUGAAUCAAAAUGAUCCUGACAUGCUCUUGGUUGGAUUUCAAUCUGAUGAAAUCAGCAAUGCCAUUGUUAUGCACUUCCGAUUCAUUGCUUCAGCCUUUCUCCGUAUUCAUGCUGCAGAAUAUGAGCCGUUUCUGACUGAUGAAAUGGUAUCAAUUGACGAGUUCUGUUCAAUGCAUGUAGAGGCAUUUGGUAGAGAAUCGGAUCAUUUGCAAAUUAUUGCGCUUAGCAGAGCUUUGGAUGUGCCUAUCCAGGUCGUCUAUUUGGACGGUGGUGUUGAUGAUGAGGCUGCUAUUCAUGAAUUCUGGCCAUCCGACCAGGAUGAACGGGAGAAGACUAAGACACCUAUCAAGUUGAUCUACAGACCUGGUCAUUAUGAUAUUUUAUAUGAAAAGAUGUGA